ACGAAUAAAGGUCCGAGUGAGUGUUGAAAUGCAAUCAACAACAAAUCCCAUUCAUAGAAAGGAUUUAGUUGUUCGGCUAACUGAGGAUUCAGAUCCCUUUUUCCUUUAUAAUCUUGUUAUUUCCGAGGAAGAUUUUCAGAGUUUAAAACUUCAGCAAAGUCUUCUGGUAGAUUUUUCUGCUUUUCCUCAGAGAUUUAUAGAUCUUCUUCAGCACUGCAUCCAAGAACAAGAUAAAGAAAUCCCAAGGUUUUUGCUACAGCUGAUUUCUUCAGGAUCUAGUUUAGAUCACACACCUUCAUUUCUAAAUGUGGUUGAGACAAAUCCAUUUAAACAUCUUACCCAUUUAUCACUAAAAUUCUUACCAGGAAAUGAUGCUGAAAUCAAGAAAUUUUUGGCAUCCUGCCUCAAAUCUACUAAGGAAGAAAAGUUAAUACUGGAACAAAAACUUAGCAGAACAGAGGAGGACCUUACAAGACAGCUGCAUUAUACACAGCAGGCUUUGUCAGAAAAGAGCAGAGAACUAGAUAAUUUAAGAAGCGAAUGGACCUCCAAGAUAGCAUCAUUGAAUAGUAAACAUACUCAGGAAUUGUCAAACGAGAAGGAAAAAACUCUGCAGGCACAAGCACAUUAUCAGCAACAGAAUGAGCAACAGAAAAGAGACUUGGAAAACUCGCAUCAGAAAACUGCCCAGCAACUACAGAACAGGCUGAAGGAACUGGAACUUGCUAACAAAGACUUAAUGGAAAGGAGAUACAAAGGCGAUUCAACAGUCAGGGAACUUAAAGCAAAAUUAUCGAGUGCAGAAGAUGAAUGCCAGAGAAUGAAGCAAGAAGUUCUAUCCUUACGUCGGGAGAAUACUACCUUAGAUGCUGAAUGCCAUGAAAAGGAGAAGCAAGUUAACCAACUGCAAAUGCGAGUUGCUGUUUUGGAACAAGAGAUGAAAGAUAAGGACCAGCUUAUUGCCAGGACAAAAGAAGUAUUAGAAGCCACACAAGAGCAAAAGGCAAACCUGGAAGAAAAUGCAGAAAAGAAACAACUUCAGAUAGGAAAACUGGAAACCUCACUGAAAGCUCUGUCAACUGAGUUCCUUAAGGCCAAUGAGAUAAUAAAUAAACUGCAAGGAGAUGUAAAAACGUUAAUGAAUAAGCUGAAAUUAAAAAACACAGUAACAGUUCAGCAAGAAAAGCUGUUGGCUGAAAAGGAAGAAAAACUACAGAAAGAACAAAAGGAAUUACGGGAAGUAGAAAGUUCUCUUCGAGAGAAAGAACAGGAGAUAUGCAAAUUGCAGGAACAAUUAGAAGCUACAGUACAAAAGCUGGAAGAAAGCAAACAUCUUCUCAAAACAAAUGAAAAUGUGAUCACAUGGCUGAAUAAACAAUUAAAUGAAAUUCAGCUGACAAGGAAGCAAGAAAUGCUAGGAACAUCUCCUUCUAGCAACACUGUUUCAAGAACUGGCAGCUCUCCUCAUAGUAUGGUUGAUAAUAGGAUUACGUCUUUAAACUCAGAACUGAACUAUCCCAUCUCCCCCUUGCUUGCUUUCCAAAGCUUCCCAGAAGCAGCUGCUGCCAAAAAUACCAACCAACAAAUAUCAGGAACAAAGCAGGUUCACUUCAAUGUGCAGCUCUCAGAAACGAACAGAUGUUUAGAUGCCCAGCCAGGGAUUCCUGGGCUGAUAGGUCAUUCAGCAAAUAAAGAAAAUGGUGAAAACUUGGGAUUGGAAACAAAGUAUUUAAAGAAAAGGGAAGAUAGCAUACCUUUAAGAGGACUCAAUCAAAACACAACUCAAAACACAGGAUAUAUGAAGUCCUCUGCACCAAAAAAAGCACAGAUUCCAUGCAAGCCUGCAGCACCUUCUAAAACGUCUGCCUACUUUCCUGGAUAGCAUGUUGUAACUAAAGGUUUACAAUAGUUUAGAUUUUUUUUAAACAAUUAUCAGUUACAUGCAUUUGUUUCCCUUUUGAAGUAUCAACAUUACAUUUUUACUAAAUAGAUUUCUGGGUACUAAAGUGAACUAGAUCUAGGAUGCUUAAACUUAUGUUUUUUCUACAAAAUGAAAUUAUCUAAUGGACAGAUGUCUAGAUUCUAUUUGGUUGUUCUCUAAUAGUUCAUUUGCAUUUUUGCAUAUACGAGGUAUUUGAUUUCAGUUUCAGGUAUCAAAAAUGCACUACCUGAUAAGAAUGACUUAUUGUUGUUUCUAUGCCAGAGGUUAUGGAAUGUGGGGCUCAAAAGUGAAGAAAUUUUGGAAGGCUUAAGGAGGAAUUUACCUGACACAAAUAGAAUUGUCUGCAGAAUUUUGGAGCUUAAUUUUUCAGAUUAUUCUGCAGGGAGUUUUGUUGAAAUUCAAUGCAAUGCAAAUAGAUCUGCCUUAUUGUUCUAACUAUAUAAUACUGCAAUCCCAGGGAGGGUUGUGGCAGAUGGGAUAAGGUGUGAGACUCCUGAAUCUAUAUUUGGCAGCUUGGAUAAGCAUAAGCUUUCAUUCUUUCAGCAGUUUUUGAUGAUUAUGUAAAAGAGUGUACAGAUUUGUUAAAAUUGUGUCUAAGUGGAAUUUCCUCCAAUUAUUUAUAGAUUUAAAGAUUAUGUAAUGAUGCUUCUACAUGGCCAAACUACACAUUUCCAGCUUGAAUAGCAAACUGCCAUUCAACUAUUGAGGUGUCUUGGCCAUAAAUAAAAAUUAUUAUAUGACCAUGUCUGAAGUAAUGAAACAAUUUUAAACAAAUAUUUUCUAGUUUCUAACCAUGCUGGUAGAAAAAUAUCAACUGGCCUAGGCAAGUUCUUUUUAUUACCUUCGGAACACAUUUGAACCCAGCUUUGCAAAUUGAUUUUUUGUAAUUUUUAUGGAACUACCAGUAUGAAUAACAUGAUUUAGGAAUGCAGUACCAGUGCCCACAAAUAAACAAUUGUUUUUGGGUUUACAGAAUUUUAGAAUUCCUGUGUUGUUACUUUGUUAACAAUAUUGGCACAUUUUGUCCAGGGUUUAGAAAACAGUACUUAAAACCAUUGUUGGUAUAUUUUAGGCAAUUUUUCCCUCCAGUGUAACAUAAUUUUGUUAUCGAGUAUAGUUUGCUAUCAGAACAUAACAGAUGCCUUAUUUUAAUUUUAUUUUGCAACAUAUAUUUAAAUUGAAAUGUUAUGUCUACAACUCUUGCAUCAUACUCACAUUAAGCUGUAAUCAGAUAUCAAAGAUUAACAGGAUGUUAUUUUUGUUGCUAUUCAGUAGAAACAUGAAAACCACUUUGCUUUAAGAGUUACUUGAGAACUGCUUUGAAUGUGAAAUGUUUUGUACUUAUUCUAUUCAAAUGUUUUCAACUCUAGAUGGUCUGCUCACAUAGUUGUAAAAUAUUUUCAUUUGCCCGGAAAUUAUGUUUCAAUGUUACAUAACAUCAGUCUAUAGAAUGUGGGGAAAAUUUCUGUACAGUGUCUUAUAUAUAUAUCUGCUGUCCAGUUUUAUUUACUGUAAAGAGUAAUGAGGUUCUCAUGUUCUUGCUGUUUUUGACGAUACGGGUCCCUGUGGAAAAAGAUGUAGAAAUAUACUAGUGCUGCAUGGAAAGAUAAAAAUCACAUCUCUUUCUAGCUGGAGGAGCAAUUUCAUUUUGCAAUGGGACAAUGGGGCCUCUAACUGAAUCAAAUCAACAAAAAUUGGCAUAGUCCAGCCAGUUUUAAGUUUUAUGAAAUGCAGAGAAAGUUUUAGCAUGCUUUAAGAACCUCAUAAUUGUAGCUGGAAAAUAUCUAAAGAUAGUCCCAUAUAAUCUCCUUUAAUGGGAUUUUAUUACAUUCAUACUUUUUUCCAAACAGAACUGCUCUGAGUAUCUUGUAAUUUUUGUCAAAUAUACAUUUAGAUAAAUCUAACAUGUAAACUUGGUUAAAGUGUGAAUUGAAAUCCCUUCCAUUGCUUGGGUUUAAAAGAUUCAAGGUAUUUUAAGGAUUGUGGUUUGGAUUUAGCUAGUGGCUUUUGGUACAUACAUAUAUUUGUAAUUCUGUAUAUUGAGUGAAAAAUAACAAAUCAUUUAAAUGUGUUAUUGCACAAUUAUUCUCUGCAGUGUAAAAUGUGUAUAUUUGUCUAUAAUCAGUGUAGUGUUUAUAUAUAUAUAUAUAUUGUUCAUUUUAAUAAAACUUACACAAAGG